ACAACGCGGCGGCUCCGCACCGACAGCAGUUCAACGCGGCCGCCACCAAAAAAACAUUUUUUUUAUUUUCCUCCUCUCUCUCUCUCUCUCUCUCCCUUUCCUCUCUACAUUCGGACCUCACGUUUUGUUGCUGGCUUGUGAUCUACAGAAAAGAGAACAAGUUUGCGGCUCCAGCUUCGUUAUUUUAUAUAUAUAUAUAUAUAUAUAUAUAAUAAUUAUAUAUAUAUAGAGAGAGAGAGAGAGUGUGCAGGAUCUUCGGUUGUAGCCUUUACUGCGUGAAGAUGUCUGCAGCUCUUUUCUCUGCCUUCUACGAUAUCAGUGAAUUCCUGUGCAAUGAGAACGAGAAGUCCCUGAACAACAACUACAACAACUUCAACAGCAUGCUGGACAAGAAGGCGGUGGGCAGCCCGGUCGGCUUCGCCCCGGGAUUUCCCAGGCGGCAUUCGACCAGCAACUUGCAGGCGCUGACCAACAGCAGCUCGACGACCGCCAAGUACCCCGGAAACUUCGCCAACAUCAAGGAGUCGAGCGUCAUCGGCAUCGGCGGCGGCGGCGGGACCACGGCUUUGCUGAACAAAGAGAACAAGUUCCGCGACCGCUCGUUCAGCGAGAACCAACAGCUCAGCUCCUUACAGCUCAUCCAACAGCAGCAGCAGCAGCAGCAAAAGCAACCGAGCGGCGGGGGCGGGCAGGUCAACUCCACCCGCUACAAGACCGAGCUGUGUCGGCCCUUCGAGGAGAGCGGCACCUGCAAGUACGGCGACAAGUGCCAGUUCGCGCACGGCAUGCACGAGCUGCGCAGCCUGACCCGCCACCCCAAGUACAAGACCGAGCUGUGCCGCACCUUCCACACCAUCGGCUUCUGCCCGUACGGCCCGCGCUGCCACUUCAUCCACAACGCCGAGGAGAGGAGGCAGGCGCCGUGCGGCGGGGGCGGGGGCGGGGGCGGCAACAACAACAACAACCACCCCGCGGCCGCCGCCGCCGGCCUGAGCGCCUUCCACCACCAGCACCACCAGCACAGUCGGCCCAAGCUCCACCACAGCCAGAGCUUCGCCGGCUUCCCGAGCGCGCCCAGCGGCCUGGAGUCCCCGCUGAUGGAGAGCCCGACCUCCCGCACUCCUCCUCCGCUCUGCUCCUCCUCCUCCUGCUGCUCCUCGGCCGCCUUAUCCUCCUGCUCCUCUUCCUCCUCCUCCUCCUCCUCCUCCGCCUCCUCUUCCACCUCCUCCUCUUCCAUGUACUGCGACGAGCUGAUGCUGUCCCCCGGGGUGGCCGGGGUGGUGGGCUCGGGCCUGGGCGGCUCGGGCUCGGGCUCGGGCGGCGGCUCCUCCUCGCUGGGGCAGCAGCUGCAACACCCGCCGCCGCCGCCGCCGCCUCCGACCUGCGCCAACAACGCCUUCACCUUCUCCAGCCAGGAGCUGAGCAACCUGCUGACCCCUCUGGCCGUGCAGACCCAGCAGCUGUCCGGCUACCCGCACCCCCCGCCCUCCCCCACCUACACCCUGAGCCACAUGCAUUCGUGCCUGAGGCGGAUGGCCGAGUCGCCGGUCUUCGACGCCUCCCCCAGUCCGCCCGACUCGCUGUCCGACCGGGAGAGCUACCUGAGCUCCUCCGGCAGCCUGAGCGGCUCCGAGUCUCCCAGCAUGGACCCCGCCAGGCGCCUCCCCAUCUUCAGCAGACUCUCCAUCUCAGAGGAUUGAUCUCUCCCUCACUCACUCACUCUCACUCACUCUCUCCCUCCCUC